GCAGAGAGAGAGAGAGAGAGCUCCUCUGCUGCCCUUUAGUGAAGGUUCUCUUUUAUUUUUUUUCUUUUUUAUUAUCUUCAUCACCAUUUCUCUUACUACUUUUAUAUAUUCAACCAAAAAAAAAAAAAACUAACACCACAUUGGAAAAAAAAUUUACUUCCAAUCAAAGAGGCUUCGUGGAGAGAACCAUCGUUUAUAGACAGAGAGACACUAAAAUUCCACUCUAGUCUCUUAACGUAACCACUUUUGAUGCCUUAAUCCUGCACUUCGAUCUUCUCUCUUUAGAACACGUUAAUAAAAAAUGUGUCUUUUGAUUUUGUCUCUCUGAUUUUUUGCUGUCCUUUUUUCUUCUUGGUAUUGUGAGAGCACAUUUCUGGGUUUAUUUAGUGAGAUGAUUCGUGGGUUUACUUGAUUUUGUUGAUGGGUCGGUGAUGAUUUUGGGUUGUUUUGGUGUAAUCAUUCGUGGGCCCGCUGUGAAUUUGUUUGCUUGGAGGAGUUUUGAGGUGAAAAGUUGCUGAUUUGGGGUUUUGUGGAGGAUUUGAGGCUAAAGGUUGGGGCUUUUUUUCUUUGGGAUAAAAUCUCUGGUUGGUGUGGUUUCAUGGUGGGUUGAUAAAAAUUGGUGCUGUGUUGAUUCAAUCUUUCCAGGUUUAUGGUAUAUUUGCUUGUUUUGCAGAUUUCAGUGGGCUGGUAAUAAGUUAGGAAUAAAGCUCUAACAAUUGGAAAUCCCCCUUUGGGUUCUAAGGGAUUGAAUUGAAUCAUUUUCGUACGGUCAAAUGGUUUUGGGGAUUUUUUUAUUUAGAUUAUCUCUUAGUAUUGGCGUUUCUUGUUGGAUUUUAUUUUGAGGUGUAUAAUUCUGCUCUAAAGAUAAGAUGAGUUCAAGCAUCACAGAAGGUUUGGUAAAUCAGACCAGGCUUGUAGUUCAUAUAGCAGAAAAUGGCCAUUCACUUGAACUUUAUUGUGAUGAAACAACGCUUGUGGAGAGGGUAAUGCGUUAUAUCGAUUCAGUUGCUGGGAUUAACUUCAAUGACCAGCUUGUUCUGUGUUUGGAAAAGAAACUUGAACCUCAGCAGCCGCUUUCUGCCUACAAGCUUCCAUCUAGCGAUGGGGAAGUGUUUAUAUUUAACAGAGCAAGGAUGCAAACCAAUACCCUUCCCCCUCCACUCGAACAAAUUGAUCUACUUGAAAUUGCAGACCCUCCACCACCACCUUCUUCGCAUGACCCCCAUCCUUUAGAUGAUGCUCCAGACCCAGCUUUGAGGGUUUUGCCUUCUUAUGAGAAACAAUUUAGAUACCAUUACCAGAGGGGCUAUGCAAUUUAUAGUAGAACCCAAGUAAAGCAUGAACAUUGCCUGAAGUUAUUGACGGAGCAAAAGGUUCAGGAGAGGGCAAUGGAGGUUGCUAGGAUUAACGUGCAUCAAUUCUACAGGGCAAUUUUUCAGAACUACUCAGAGUUCAUGAAGCGUUAUACACAACAACACAGGAUACAUUUAGAUCUCUUAACAAAUUUUGAGAGAGAUUUAGAGAAACUGAGGUCGAUCAAGCUUCAUCCAGACUUGCAAUCUGAUUCACGUAAAUGUUUAGUCGAUUUUGUGAAGGAAGAUAACUUGAGGAAGGCCGUGGAUAAUUGUAGCCAUUCACAUAGGCAGUUUGUGAAGAAGGUUUUAGAGUUUAAGCAAAAUUUUGGUGAUGCAAAGCGCAAAGUGGAAGAAUUAUUUUCUUGUGAAGCUUCAUCAUCUAUUAGGAAUUUAGAUCUUGCCAUCAAGGAGCGUCAGCCAUCCAUCAACGAACAGAAGAGCAUAAUGCAAUCUUUGAGAGACGAUGCAAGCACGGUGAAGAAACUUGUGCAUGAUUGUCUGUCAUGCCAGUUGUCCUCCUCAACUCGUCUCCAUACUGAAGUUUCAGCCCUGAGUCUUAUGUAUGAUGUCCAUGAAAAGAGUCAUUUGCCCAACAUGCUGGCUGUUGAUGAUUUAAUUUCCAAGCUGCUUGGUUUUUGCAAGGAUAAGAAGAACGAGAUGAACAUCUUUGUGCAUGAUUUCCUACAAAAGAUCGCCUAUGUUACUUUCCUCAUGAAAGAUGUGAAGUUAAGGUUUCCUGUUUUUAGAGAGGCAAUGUUGCGUCAGGAUGAUAUUUUUAGGGACCUAAAACUAUUCCAUGGGAUUGGUUCUGCAUACAGAGGCUGCCUUGCUGAAGUAGUGAGAAGAAAGGCUUCUAUGAAACUUUACAUGGGCAAGGCUGGACAACUGGCUGAGCAGCUUGCUACAAGGAGGGAGGUUGAGGUUAGGAGACGGGAGGAGUUUCUGAAAGCAUACAGUUCAUAUAUACCAAGAGAUAUAUUAGCAUCAAUGGGGUUAUAUGAUACUCCUAGUCAGUGUGAUGUCAAUAUAUCUCCAUUUGACACUAAUUUGCUUGACAUUGACAUCUCAGACUUGGACCGUUAUGCUCCUGAUUAUUUGGUUGGACUUCCUUCAAAAAGUGACAAGACUGCAAGCUUGAAAGGCUCAUUGUCUAUGUCUAAUGACAGUUCUCGCUCAGCUGAGAUGGAAGAAAUUGGUGAGGAAGCACUUGAGAAAGAUUGCUCUGAGGAGCCCCUCGAGGGCUGUGAGUUGUUAGAGAUUGCUGGAACUAGCAAGAUGGAAGUUGAGAAUGCAAAACUGAAAGCUGAACUAGCUUCUGCAAUAGCCCUGAUAUGUUCCCUUUGCCCAGAAAUUGAAUACGAGUCAAUGGAUGAUAGCACAGUGGAUAGUCUAUUGAAGAAUGCAGAUAAGACAAAUGAAGCCUUGCGGCUGAAAGAUGAGUAUGGAAAACAUCUCCAAUCUUUGCUUAAGGCAAAGCAAAUACAGUGUAUGUCAUAUGAGAAGCGCAUUCAAGAACUAGAGCAGAGAUUGGCUGACCAGUAUUUGCAGGGGCAGAAACUUUCAAAUAGUAAAGAUGCAUCAGACUAUGCUCUUUUGGCUGCAAAGACUGAAGACUUCAAACCAGAAAUUUCCAGUGGUGAAGCACCCAUGCCUUAUGCAAUGACCUCAGAGCCCAUGGAUGAGGUUUCUUGCAUUUCUAAUUCUUUGAAUUCAAAGCUGGGGCUUUUCACCAGGCAACCAAGCAAAGGUAGAGAAGGGUUUGAUGAAAAUAUGAUGGACUCGUCUGGGAUGUUCAAUACUCAGUUGGAUUCAUCAAUGGUGGAGCCAAAUCGUGAAGAGCUGCAAGUUUGUGAUAAAGAUGGAAAGGGUAAGAUGGUGGGACAACUGGGCAUGUCACUGACAAACAGUUCCACAGCUGAGAGUAUGCCAGAGCCUCUCGAUAUCUCUCCUUCAGAUGCAGCUGCUGAGCCUAAAGUCAGUGGUGACCAUGGAAUUAUCUUAGAAUUGCAAAAUUCACUUGCAGAAAAUUCAAAACAAUUGAGUAAAACUGAAGCGAAGCUCAAGGCUGCUGUCGAGGAGGCUGCCAUGCUUACAAGGGAGUUAGAAAUGAAUCAGAAGCUCCUUGAUGAAUCUCAGAUGAAUUGUGCUCGCUUGGAGAAUUGCUUGCAUGAAGCAAGAGAGGAAGCACAAACCAAUCUUUGUGCAGCUGAUCGGAGGGCCUCAGAAUAUAAUAAACUGCACACAUCGGCUGUGAAACUCCAUGGCCUUUUUGAAAGACUUAGGUGCUGUGUAUGUGCUCAUGGUGGAGUUGCUGGUUUAGCUGAUUCUUUGCAUGCUUUAGCUCAAUCUAUGGUCAAUUCCAGCAAUGACAAUGAUGAUGAGGGUGCUGCUGAAUUCCAGAACUGCGUGCGUGCCCUUGCAGAUGAAGUUGGUUUCUUGUCCACACACCGGGCAGAGCUGCUUGACAAGUACCCAAAGCUUGAAGCUGCAAACGAACAGCUUGGAAAAGAAUUGGAAGAGAAGAAAGAGCUGGUUGCCUCUUUAUACAAAAAGCAUCAACGUGAGAAGCAGGCAAACAAGGAAAGGAUAUCCUUUAGCCGUUUGGAAGUCCAGGAGAUUGCUGCAUUUGUUCAGAACUCAGCUGGACAUUAUGAGGCUAUCAACCGGAACACCUCUAACUACUACCUGUCUGCUGAAUCUGUGGCCCUGUUCACAGACCAUCUCCCAAGCCGCCCCUACUACAUUGUUGGGCAGAUUGUGCAUAUAGAACGCCAAGCUGUAAAGCCAUUGCUUCCUACCCCAACGAGUCCUGAGCAUGGUAAGUUAGAUGAAGUGGAUCUUCUGACCACUGACCAAGGGACUGACCGUUUGAACUUCAAUUUGGGACCGACUUCCAACCCAUACAAUCUUCCUAUGGGGUUUAAAUACUUUGUAGUGACAGUAGCCAUGUUACCGGAUUCAACCAUUCAUUCAGCGCCUCCUUCCUGAUCCCCUGCUCCAGGCAGCAAGAAGUGAUGGAAGAAAGAAAGUGUACAUAGAAAAUAAUUAAAAAAAAAAAAAGAAAAGAAAAGAAAA